AUGGUUAUGUUUCUGCUCUUGUUUCUUCUCAUUCUCUUUCAUUUUCUUCAACAUGUACAGUGAUGGGGGUAGAGGUGGUGGCGGUGAUUUCAUUGCUGGGUUCUUUCUAGGAGGUGCUUUGUUUGGAACACUGGCAUAUAUCUUUGCUCCACAGAUUAGGAGAGCUGUUCUAAAUGAAGAUGAAUAUGGCUUCCGAAGGGCUAGGCGACCUAUAUAUUAUGAUGAAGGCCUAGAGAAGACCAGGCAGACCUUGAAUGCAAAAAUAAGCCAACUCAAUUCAGCCAUUGACAACGUCUCAUCACGGUUGAGAGGUGGAAAAAAUGUUGUCAACGAGCCAAUGGAAAACGAUGCAGAAGUAGAGGCUACCAUGUAGACACUUGGUACUGUCAACUCUUGUAUGUUGUCUCAGUUUCAGCAGUUUGAAAUCUACAUUAUAAUGUUUGAUUAGAUAUUUUUUAUACGAAUUUGAUUUUUGCA